AUGCAAUAGACAGAAUUAGAUUAUCAGAAGAUGAAAGCAAAAUAGGAUUUAUAAUCUAUAUUUUUAUUAGUUACUCUAUUUAAUGGUUUAUGCUUUCUAUUUAAUACAAAUAUAUGUUUCGGAUGGGAUUACAAAAUAAUUAUUAUAUACGCUUGUACAGCACAAUUCGGCUUUUUGAUCUCCAAACUCCUCUCGAGUUAAGGGAUUAAUUCUUACUGUUGUUUUGCCAUAUUGGAAAGUACAUUAUUAAUUACUUACCUAUUGGGCUUUAUAUACGACAGAGAAGUUUCUCCAAUCAAUAUUAACUUGAUUAGCUACACUCUUCUGAUAAUAUAAUUUAUAAUAUUAGCAAUUACAGUUAUAUUGGGCAGACAGAACUCAGAAAGUGAUGGGCAUGGUCAAUCAAAGCAAAUACAAGAUAUAUUAGUCUCAGCUAUUAAAAGUAUUGGAUCCUUAUAGAUUGUGUUUUUAAGUUUGAAAUUGAGUGAUCAAAUAGACUGGAGUUGGAUGCAAACUUUUAUUAUUAUUUGGUUCAGUAUUGGUACGAUGAUAUUGUUCGAAAUAAGCUUAUUCAUUGAUCUAUUGAUGAAGUGUUAUAAUAGCAAAUUAGAAAAUAAAAAGGAGAUAAUUUAUGGUAGUAUGUGGUUUAACAUAGUAAUGAUUGGUUUUAUUUCAAUAUCUUUACUAACAUUUUUGGGUUUGGGAUUAUCGCUAGACUAUUAGAUACCAUCAAUCAAUCUAGCCGCAUUUAUACUAACAAUAAUUUAUUAUAUAUUUGAAAUUGGCUACUAUAUAAGGAACAAGAAAGAUUUAAUCAACUAAGAAAAUUAAACAUAAGCAUAGAGUUAAGAAAGGAACAAUGAACAAGCUGGUAUAAAGGAAAGGAUAAAAUAAAUUCACAGAAUAAGUAUAAGUAAGAUGCCUUAAUUUAUGAUAAAAUUAUCUGCUACUUAUUUUAAAAGAUAGGAAUAAACAAGUGUAAUAAGUAAGCCAGUUGGAUCAAUAUUAAAUUAAGAUAAGAAAUUUAAAUCAAUAAGUUUAUCAGAGAAGAAAUAAAAUAAAGAAGUUAAAAAGCAAUCUUCAUAAAUUUAUGAUGAGGAACUUACAAAGAGGUUUGAUCAGUUAUUAUCAUCUCCUCGAUUAAAACUAGAAGUUAGUGAAAGUAUUGGUGCAGAACUAUCAAGUAGAGGAUAACCUAAAUAGAUUUAAUUAUGUUUAGUAUGCUAUGAAAAAGAAAGUAAUAUGAUUAAUCAGCCUUGUGGUCAUGGAGGAUUUUGUUAGGAAUGUUCGUAAUAAUUGUUGACUAAAAGUGAUUUGUGUUUAUUGUGUAGGAAACCUGUGACUCAUGCAUUAAUAGUUUAAGGAGUUGAAAAUCGGGAAAGUCUUAUGGAAGUUGUGGGUGUGUUUUAGGAUGUGUAGAAGUAAUGA